AUGGGGAAAAACUUGUUCCGAUCAUCUCCUCCACCGGAGAAACAACCACCUCACCAAUCUCUAGCCGAGACAGCUGUACAAGAGUGUAUGAGAAGCAUCAACACCGUCAUAUCCAAAUGGACUUCCUCUUCCUCUUCUUCCUCCGACGACUUCUUAUUUUCCACCAAUAGUCGUCACGAAGCAGAGGAGUUCGUUGAAGCCGUUAAACAUUUACAGAGCACCAUGCACCGUUUAGUCACCGUUAACCCUUCCUCGGAGAAACUUGUGUACGCUCAGAAACUGAUGCAAUCCGCGAUGAAACUUCUCGAAUCCGAGUUUCGCCGCGUGUUGAAUACAAACCGUGAAUAUCUCGACCCUGAAAGCGUCUCUGUACGGUCAUACAGAUCAUCAAGAUUCAGCACUUCCACCACAACCAGUGUAUCCGAUUCUGAAGACGAAAGUUCCUACGAUGAAAACCCUGACGAUCACACCAGAGAUUCCGACGCAAUGGACGUUCUUAAAACGAUAGCAGACUGUAUGAUCUCUACAGGAUACGCCAAAGAAUGCGUCACGGUCUACAAAACCGUACGUAGAUCAAUAGUUAACGAGACGCUCCACAACUUGGCCGUGGAGCGUCUCACUCUGAAUCAGAUUCAGAAGAUGGACUGGGAGACACUCGAGUCCAAGAUCAAGUCGUGGCUACGAGCUGCGAAGUUAGCUGUCCGGUCUCUCUUUUUCGGCGAGAGGCUUCUCGCUGAUCAUGUCUUCUCCUCCUCCAUUCACAUAGUCGAAUCCUCCUUCACAGACAUCACGCAAGAAGGAGCGUUAACGCUCUUCACCUUCCCUGAAAACGCAACAAAAAUCAAGAAACUAUCACCAGAGAAGAUGUUCAGGUUUCUUGAUAUGUACGAAACGCUCUCGAGUCUCUACGUAGAGAUCGAAACGAUCUUCUACUUCGACUCGGCCGCCGUCGUCAGGUCUCAAGUGAUCAACUCCUUAGCGAAACUCGGAGAUUCCGUGAGGACAAUGAUGUCAGCGUUUGAAACAGCGAUUCAGAAAGAAACGUCUAAAACGCCAGUCACUGGCGGUGGCGUUCAUCCUCUCACGCGUUACGUCAUGAACUACCUCUCGUUCCUCGUCGAUUACAGCGAGUCCAUCGCUGUAAUCUUCGAGAACUGGCACUUAACAGUGCCGUCUCCCUUUCCGGGAGGAUCUUGCGACGAUGAUCCGGAGGAGUUCUACUCGGAAUCUCCGGUGUCCGCGCGGAUAGCGUGGGUGAUACUUCUCACGCUAUGCAAAAUCGACGGUAAAGCUCAACCCUAUAACGACGUCGCUUUGUCUUACCUCUUCCUCGCUAAUAAUCUCCAAUACGUCGUCGUAAAGGUCCGAGCGUCGUCUAGUUUGAAGCUUCUUCUUGGUGAGGGUUGGGUGGUGAGGCACGAGGAGAAGGUGAAGCAGUACGUGGAUAAGUUCCAGAAGCUCGCGUGGGGGAAAGUGCUGACGUCAUUACCGGAAUAUACGCCGGAGGAGAUGACGCAAGAGGAGACUGAAGAAUUGUUAGUCAGGUUCGAUGAUGAGUUCGAGGCGGCGUACAGGAAACAGGUAUCGUGGGUUAUACCCGACCCGAAACUUAGGGACUUGAUCAAAGUGUCAUUGAGUCAUAAACUAAUGGUGGUUUGUACCGAGUUGUGUGAGAUAAACCGGUUCGGUUUGGGAGGAGAUGCGUUUAAUGUCAGAUAUACCCCUGAAGAUAUAGGAAACUACUUGUCGGAUCUUUAUUUUGGAAGCCGAGGCUCAGGGACAGGAAGUGUCUCGACAAAAGGAUCCGGUUCUGGAACCGGUUCGUCGAAUACCGGUAAAUCUCGGGGUGGACGUAGCCAUUGAAUGAGAAUCACGUGAUGCAUGGUAGUAUCGUAUUAAUUUUUCUUUACCUGUAUAUAUAUGUUAAAUUAUUAUUGAUAUUGAAUUCUCCUUUUUUUAUCAUAUAGUAAUCAUUCGAAUUUUCUUGGAAAUUUGUGAUUAAUAAGGACAACAGAAAAUACGAUGAUUGUUUCUUA